ACACCGCCAGCAUGUUGUCUUCUGCAAUACGUAAGAUUCUUGAAAAUUCUCAAAAUGCGGCUAAAAUCACGGCGAUUUCCUCGCAAUUACGAUAUUUGCGUGGACAACGAAGUGCCCCAAGUGAGAUAGAUGUGUUUCAGCCCACGGAUAUAUCCGCAAAAUACGAUGACAACGAACCGGUAGCAGAGACCGCGACGCGGAAAAGUUACAAGGAGGUGGCCCUGGAUUUUGGGAAUCGCGAGGCCCAUGUGCCCUCCUUCAAUUUGGCGGCGUAUGUGAAUAGCUCCAACACCCUGCAGCAGUUCGUCAAGCUGGGUGUAAAUCUGCACAGCAUAGAACGAAGGAAGGGAUUGGGAGAGUUCGUUCUGCGUUUGGACUUCGAGAAGGACGUCAAGCCAUGCAUCUCUUUCCUGGCGGACCAGGGCGUUUCAGCCGAUGACUUUGGCAGAAUGUUCACAAAGAAUCCGCUGGUCUUCAAGGAGGAUCUGGAUGACCUGCAGACGCGGGUAGAGUACCUGAAAAGCAAACGAUUCUCGGACGAAGCCAGACAAAGGAUCCUCACACAUAAUCCCUUUUGGUUGAUGUUCUCCACGAAGCGUGUGGACCGUCGACUGGGCUACUUUCAAAAGGAGUUCCGCCUGAGUGGCCAUGACCUGCGAUUGCUGGCCACCAGGGAGCCCAAUGUGAUCACCUACAACAUGGAACACCUGCGCAAAUCCGUGUUUACUCUCAAGGAGGAAAUGGGAUUCGAUGCCAAGGAGCUGAGUGCUCUUAUAGUUCGCAAGCCGCGAUUAAUGAUGAUUCCUCCUGACGAUCUAAUCGAGCGGUUUAGCUACAUCCACCAAGACAUGGGCUUGUCGCAUGCCCAGAUUAUCCAGUCUCCCGAACUGCUGGCAUCGCGGGAGUUUCGCCUUAGAGAACGCCAUGAGUUCCUCAAGUUGCUGGGCCGGGCUCAGUACGACCCGCAAAAAGAUUUGUAUAUAUCGCCCAAGACAAUAGUGGAGGGCAAUAACUUUUACUUUGUGCGGAAUGUGGCCAAGAGUGACUUGAAAACAUUUGAUUUAUUCUUAAAGACGAGAUAAUAAUAUAUAAUUUAAAAUUUUACUCGAUUUAUCUUUAUACAGGUUGAAUAAACUUGAGAAUAAUUAACGUCUUGUACCGAA